AUGGAGUGGGCGCUCUCCCACGCCAUCGUCAAGGGCGAUGACAUCCUGCUCCUCCACGUCAACAUGCCCUACCCGCACAACGGGGCCGCGGGCGGAGCCGCCGGGCCCUCACGCUCCUCGUCUGGCGGGAGCACCGGUUCCCCGAUCGCCGCGCUCCUAGGGGGUGGGUCGGGCGCCGGCGGCGCGGAGUCGGUGGAUUUCGUGGAGGCGAUGCGCGCCGCGUGCAAAGCGCGGUACCCCGCGCGCGGUGUGCACGGGGAGCGCGUCGAGCCAGCUACCGAGGGCCGGGAAGCCAAGGCGCAGACCAUCCUCGCCGAGUCCCAGCGACGGGGCGUCGAGGUCCUCGAUAUUGGCCAGCGCCGCGUGUCCUCCUUCCUCGGGUAA